GUUGCAUUGGGCCAUGCAGGAGACCACAUCUAAGAGGUUGCUCCCCUUACAUAAUACUGAGCCCUUACACAAGCUAAGAAUAUACAAGCCCUAUAUAGCUACAAGGACUUUGCAUUGAGGACUCAGCUGAACCUGUGAAUCUUUUAACAUGGAAACACAAGAAGAGUUUGUUGAAAGUGUAAAGGAAGUUUACAGAGAGAGGCAAUUAAAUACGGAGGAGCAAUGGCCACCAGUUUCUGGAGACAAGCUGAUAAACUUGCAGUUAGUGGAGGCUGAAAAGAAAGAAGGAUUUAGAGCUGGCUUGCCACAACAUGGUGCACCUGAUGAUAAGAAGGUUACACGUACUAAAAUUCUUCACGGUGGCCUCUUCAAAGUUGAAGAAGGAAAGAAAGCAGUCAAGAAAGUUAUCGUUGAAGGCAAUGCUGGGAUUGGUAAAACCACACUGUGUGCCAUGCUUGCUGAAGGAUGGGCAGAGGGCAAUAUCCUGACACAAUUUGACUGUGUUUUGUUGCUUCCUCUCAGGGAUCAGUUAGUCAGCUCAGCUUCUUCUUUUCCUGACCUCCUGGCCCUUCAUCACCCCGAUGAGACCAUCUGUGAGUCUGUUGCUCGACAGCUAAAGAGGACAAGAGGAAAGGGAGUGCUCAUCAUAGCUGAUGGAUGGGACGAGCUCAGUGAAGCAAAUCGUUCAAAAAAGUCUUUUCUAUACAAUCUUUUGUUUGGACGUCUUCUUCCUUUUGCUUCUAUUAUCCUCACCUCACGCCCUUCUGCUUCAGCUCCUCUUCACGACCUUCCUUCUGUGGACCGUUUGGUUGAGGUAGUUGGUUUUAAUGAAGAGAAUGUCAAGCAGUACAUAGAAUCAGAGUUUGAGCAAUUCCCAAAGAAAGCUUCUUCUCUUAUCAAGCAGCUUGAGAACAACCCAGUCAUUCAGAGUGUGUGUUCUGUGCCCCUAAAUUGCGCCAUUGUUUGUAACUUGUGGCACACUUCAGACCAAGAGCUUCCUCGUACGCUAACUGAGCUGUACACUCAAAUUGUUCUUAAUAUUAUCCUUCGCAAUGUCAAAAAGAAAUUCCCUGAUUGUCCAAUUGGUCUCAACAGGUUUGACAAGAUUCCGAAUAAUCUACAAGACACGUUCUGGUUGAUCUGUGAGUUUGCCUACGAAUGCUUAUUAUUAGAUCAGCUGGUUUUCUCAGAAGACGAAUUGUCCUCUCGCUUACCCGAAGUUGGUGACAAAUUGCAGUGCUUUGGUCUGUUGCAGUCUGCACGAUCACUUCUAUCUGUUGGUCAUGGCCUAUCUUUUCAUUUUGCUCACCUGACCAUCCAGGAGUUCUUGGCUGCCCUCCAUAUUGCUACUCUACCCAAUGAGGAGAAACUGAAGGUUGUUAGGGCUCACUUUGACAGUAGCCGGUUUGACAUGGUGUGGAGAUUUAUGUUUGGUCUUGCUAGUAAACACAAUGUCAGUCGUAGUGAUAAGGUGAUCAGUUUGGAAGAUGGUUUGAUGAAUCACUUUCUGAUGGCUAUGGAGCGUGAUAUUUUGGAUGAUUGUUUGAUUUUAUGUCAUGCGGCCUUUGAAGCUUCGGACCCUGACUAUGCAUUAAAAGUUUGUAUAAUGUCUAAAGAUUCUUUAUUGUACAGUGGCUUCAAAACUCCCUUCGACUGUGUAGCUAAGUUUUAUGUUCUUCGUCAUGCUGCAAAAUGUGAUGAUAUGGUUAUCAGCAUAUACUAUUGUGCAAUCGAUGAUAAGCUGUUGAAGGAACUAACCGACAUACUUUCAAAUGCUAAUGGUAAACUGCAAGUUAAAGAAUUAUCCCUUCAACAGACUAAAUUGUCUGACAUUGGUAUUUCAGAUCUAUUCAAGAGAGCCUCAGCUGCCUUUAGAGCUUUAGAUGAUCUCUCUUUGUCUAAAAACAGCUUUACUAACAUUAUGUCGUCAUUCAUGCACACAUCUUGUACUAGCCUCACACAACUGCAUUUAUCUCACAAUCCUCUUGGAGUGUCUGGCAUACAGUUAUUAGAGACAGCUGUGCAGUCUGGUGCUCUUAAUAACCUGAAUACUCUUGGGUUAUCCAACACCCUCACUGUCGAUGCUGAUGUCAAUGGAGCGCUAUUGACCUCCCUCUUACAUUCCAUUUCUUCUCAGUGUGCUCGAUUGGAAUACUUAUACCUCUCUGAUAAUAACCUUGGGUUACCUGGAUUAUGUUCAGUUGUUGAAAACAUUCCGUUACGAUUGAAACAAAUUGAUUUAUCAGCUACCCAUCUCACUAAUUCAUUUCACUCAGAGUCCAUGCUGUUGAAUCUUCACCCAAAUAGGUUUUACUGUUUAAAACGGUUGGACUUGAUUCGCUCCAAUUUCAGUGGAUUCACUGGUACUCUCUUACUGGUAAAGUUUCUUCAGGUAUUUCGAUCACUGGAAUAUCUUAUCUGCUCUAACUGUUCUCUCGCCUCUGCUGACAUCAUAAUGCUUAUCCACCAUCUCAAGUCCGCUAAUUUGAUGUGUAAGAGUUUGUAUUUGUUGGAUCUCUUUAACAACUCCAUUGAUGACGAGGGAGUGGUGGCUCUCACUGAGUGUCUACCCGAGCUAUUUCCCGGACUUGAGGACUUCAAUGAUUUCCAAGCUGGCGUUAAUCUCCAUGGUAAUCCUGUGAGCGAGGAGUUGAUACUCAUGUGCAACGAGCACUUGAAGGCCUUUGAGGAAUCACGAAAAACCGCAUUGCUGAAUAAGUGGGAGAAAACAUAUUUACCUCCGCAAAAUGAAGAGAUGGCCUGUGUUUUCUACAAACUUUGGGAUGCACUACUGUCAAAAUUGAUUGAGGUGGCUGAACUAUUUGACCUCGACCAAACAGACAAUGCACUGGACACUCUUAGCACUGCUCCUGCCAAUUUUGAGAUCUUUACUCCAGUACAUAAUUACCAGCACUCCCUUCAAGCUACAGAAUCACUCAAUGAUGAGCCUACUGUACAGUCUACUCUAAUAACUGAUCAGCUGGAAGAAACAAGCUCAGUUGUGUUAGUUGCUGACUCUAGUAAAGAUGAUGUAAUUGCACCACCCCUCCCAACUUCAUCUCUACAAGUAACUCCAGCCAGUUCAGUACCACCAGAGUUCACUCUCAUUAUCUUAUACAAGGAGCUCAAGACACUCACAAAACCAAUACUCUUUGGGGUCAGUUUGGGCAUUCCUCAAUACCGACUGGAGGUCAUCCAGCAAGACAAUCGAUGUGAUACUGAAGGUCAGAAGAUUGCUCUGUUCCUGUUCAUUGCCAAAAACUACAAGAGUCUAGGAAUAACUUGGAGCAUUAUUGCCGACGCUCUCCAUGACAUUGAUUAUGGGGACUUGUCAUCAGCUGUUAGGGGGAAAUACUGCACUAUAAAUAGUACGUGACUUUGUUCAUAGGAUUUAGUAUAUAUAAUUAUAGUCUGCAGAUUGUAUAAUUAUAAAUGUACUGUAGUACUAGCUUUUUCAUUAAUAUUGUUGACAGAGUUUUUUUUAUUGUAAGGACACAUAUUAUCAUUGCUACAUUAGUCUAUAGUUAUAUAUCAAAACUGAAAG